AGAACCUACGUCAUUAUGGCCAUUGUCCAUGAUGUACGUACGCUAAUUCAUCAUCAUUGUCAAAAGAAAGACACCACUUGUCAACCAUUAUACUAUAUAAAGGCUAGACUUGACCAUUUAUAUCAAAUCGUCCUCAAUUUGCUUAAAGUGAACACUGUUAAAAUGUUCAAACUACUACUGACUUGUGCCAUCUUUAGCUUUGUUUCAUGUGUACCUAUGAAUGUAUGUAACAACUACAAGUAUUUGUAUGACCAGUGUCUGCCACACAGGAGCUGGAUGUGUGAUAAACCAGUUGGUUAUUCACCACUCGAUAUGCGUGGAUUGAGACAAAAAUUGUCACAGAGUGAUGGAUCAUUUAUCCACUAUAUCAAGUCAUGCAGUGAGUGUUUAGGAGACCCAGCUCCGUAUGGAGAAAAAAUAGAUUAUGUAAAGAAACCAGUUUGUCGUGAAGUUAAGGUACCAAUUGAAUAUAUAAACAAAACCGUGUAUCAUGAACUGACUGGAUUAGCUGAAGGCUUUGAAGUGUGCCAGGUCAUACUGAAUGGCCCCGACAGAAAUGUCCAGAAAAUAUACAGGACGGAUUGUUACAACGGAGAUGAGAGAAAACAGAACAAUUACUGUAGAUUUGACUAUGGGGUGUUCAAGCAAUAUUUUUGUAGACCAACAAAUUUUGUGUACAGAACCAUGCUUGUUGACUGUCCAUUAACAGGAUUACAGUAUUACAAAGAAAAAGUAUCAACAGCAUGUAGCUGUGUUAAAGUCAAAUGUUUAACAGGAGAAGUUCCGGGACCCGUUAACGUUCUUGGUAUCAGACAAGGGCCCGUACACAUCCCAGAAAACAGACAAGGAACAAAAAUUGGAAUAAAACAAGGCUUGUUUUGAAAACCAGAAGAAAGUAUAGCUGACUGUGAUAUUUAAGUUUUACAACGUUUCGCUAUGUGCUUAUUAAUUUUGUUUUUGUUAUUGUUACGGUAUAGGUUUGUAAAUAAAUUUGUCUAUUAAGCUA